AUGGCGAGGGCAGUCUGGACGCUGGAGGAGCUGUGGUGGCUGGUCCAGGCCUGGGAGGGGGUUGUAAAUGAGAGAAGGAAUGCUGGUGGGAAGAAGAAGAAAAUGGGCAACAUGGAGUUCAACCGCUUGAUUCACGAACGCUUCGUAGCACUCGCAGGUGGCUCCAGUCCCCGCAGUAUUUCAACAAUUAUGAAUAGGAAGGAUGUUCUCCAGAGCUCUUUCGAGUUCAUCCGAUCGUUCGUAGGCAAUAAGGAAACAAGUGGGGGGUUGGACUGGUUUGCGUUGCCCACAAGCAACCAGCGCGAGUUGAUGAAAACCGCUGGGGGUAAGCGAGUGCAGCCUAUCGAAGAGCGUGUAUUCAGCACGCUGAAUAAAAUUCUGAAGAACGAAUCGGCUAUGGCGGAGCAGAGCGGCGAAAGUGACAGCGAGGGCUACGAUUAUUCCAGUGAAGGUGACAAGUUUGAGAAGGGCAUGAGAGCGAAGAAGAAACCAGCCCCUAAGAAAGUAACCAAGCAUAGAUCGAGUGGUGGGAAGCGCGUUCCAGUGACAAACUUGCGUCAUCGAAAGUUGGAAUGA